AUGACCUCUUCCACUGAUGAUUCUGGUGACAUCUCUGCAGAGUUGUUAUGCCAGUCCACUACACCUACAAGCUCUGCAACUCAGACCGAAAGCAUGCCUGCACUGUCUCAAUCUGGUUCUACAAGUGCUCCUGACAUCCACACUUCCUGUCCAACUCAAGCCUCUAGAUCUGCCACAGGCAAGAAGAACUUGACAUGGUUGGGUGCCAAUGUUCUUCACCUUGUCAUGAUCCUCUACAACAACAACUCCUACCAGUGCACUCUGCUGCCAUCUCCAGAAUCGGCUGAGAGCAAUCCAGCCCUCAAACUUCGCAAACAUCCCAUUUUUUGGGAUAUCUCCAAGAUGAUUUUCCCAGGCACAUCUGUUGAUCCCAAUCGCAUCAAGUCCAAGCUGAGGUGGCUGCUAGAGACAUACUACAGGGAGAAGAAGAAGCUUUCACCCACUGGAGCUGGUACACUGCUGGAGGACAUGGAUGCAUCCAACCUGUCCUACGUAUCUCGCAUUGCCCUGUCAACAAAGUAUGCUUGGUUUGAAAGGAUGCACAAGAUGAUGAAUGGCCAAUUCAAUGCUGAUCCCACAGCACUUAUCACAACUCCCAGUCUCAACUUCACCAGCGAUGACAAGCCUGACAUGCCUUCGAAUGGCUCAGCUGACAUACCCAUGGAUAUUUGUGGCAGCGAGCUGUACAAUCACAGCGCUCAUGGCCGUGCUGCUGUUGCAUCCACUUCUGGUGCAUCCUUUGCUGGCACUGGUGAUGAUGACAUCUUUAACACACCUUCGCCUCCACCUUUGCAGGCUCGACCACCUUCCUCCACUGCUGGCGGUUUGGAUGUCUCUGAUUCCACCUCUUCUCAAUCUUCAGCCCAGCUCUCUCCCAGCACCAAGCACAAGCGAGGUGCCCUUGAUCACAAGCGCAACACACUUGCUGAAGCUUUCUAUCAUUCUUCCAUUGAUACCCUUCAGAUCUGCCUGCAGCUUGAACAGGAAUGCACCAGACAUGAGAAAAUACUGGAGGCUGAGCAUACCAAGCACGAGGAGAUCAUCAAACAGGAUGCUCGUCAGAACACCAGCAACAACAACAACAUGGACUCUUCAUUCAAUCUUCCUGUCUUGUAG